UUUGAUUGGACGGGGGCAUUGUAAGCUGCAGUCUGAUUGGUUACAUGCGCAGUGAGGAACAUUUGAAAGAGGCCAUUUUAACUUCAGCUCUUGUUGGAAACAUUUGGUUCUGCCAAACGCAGCUGGUUCAAGAAGCCACCUCACUUCGGAAAGUCAACUUUACCUCAUAAUGUCUUCCUCACAGAAUGUAGACCCAGCUUCAGUAGCGCCACAGCAAAGGGAGAAGGACACCAAAGACACGAGACGUGGAGAAAAACACACGGUUUCAAGAAGGUUGCAACAAGAACUAAUGGGUCUUAUGAUGUCUGAUGACAAAGGUAUCUCAGCAUUCCCCAGUGGAGACAGUCUGUUCAACUGGACAGGGACCCUCACAGGACCCCUGGGAACGCAUACUGAAGGAGAAGUGGUCUGCUCUGUAUGAUGUCAGAACAGUUCUACUGUCCAUCCAGAGUCUUCUUGGAGAGCCAAACAAUGACAGUCCCUUGAAUGUCCAUGCCGCUGGCCUCUGGGAGAACCAGACAGAAUAUAAGAAGACACUCCUGGAGAGAUACGAAAAAGAUGUCAGAAGCAAAGACUUCAGCUGAUGACAAUCUACGCCACAUUGCAAUCAAAUCAGACACUCAUCUGUUAGUAAUCGAAGAGUUUGUACUUUCGUACUACUGAGUACAAAAAAAACAAAAGUCAGGUCUCAUGAUAAAGUUCGUCCAGGGAAUAGAGAACAAGAUGGAUGGUAGGGAUGAUGUUUUGCUAAUUGUAGAUGUUUUUUUGUAUAAAAUUAGAACAUGAAACACAAUGUGUAAGCUGUUUCACCUGGAACCUAAUAGCUUUUCUAGAAAUGUCUGUUUUUAAUGGAUCUGUCAUGUUCGAGUGAGAUGGAUAAUGCGAGUCAGUCCUGAUGCCUUGCAUGUGUGAUAUCUGGUCAUGUUUAACUUAGUUAAUCCUGCUUUCCUAAUCGCCCUUUGUUGGUAAAGAGCAGGACCUGAGCUCCAAGCAGAUUUAUCAGGGGCAAAGACAGUAUCCAGAGGGCUAAACAGUAUCCAGAGGGCUAAACAGUUUCCAAUUUGCCCCUGAGAUCUGUAUGCACUCAAACAGGGAGGAGUGAUUCUUUUCAAUUAUGGUGUUCCUUCCCCUCCUAUUGACAGCAAUACGAAUAUCCACAGUACUGUAUAAAUGUUUUGUGGGAAACUUGUGUCCUUAUUUGAGAAAAUUCAGUGACCUGCACAUUUUGCAAUGGAGGUUAGCACCAAAGAGGAUGGAGGAUAGUUAACUACUUUUCAAGAACAGUUUGAUUAGGUAACAACUGGAUGUUGAAAGCCUUUCUUCUUAUGGACUGCAAGCAGAUCUUUGGGGCGAGUUGUAAACUGUUCAGCCCUUUGGAAACUAUCUCUGACCCGAUUGAUGUGCCUACUUUAGACUACCUAAGCUGAACAUAGCUGGCUGGAAGGCCUGUCAUGAUACAGACAGUCCAGCACUACAUUUGGUCACAGGAAAUAAAUACGUUUUAAAGUUCUUAUCUUGUUGAUUGUUCAUCCUUAGGUUUAAGCACCAGGCCUUCAAUUGAAAUACAGUAUACUUUAGAAGUUGUGCACCCUUAAGCAUGAAGGCAUUACCGACUCCAUAGUGCCUGAUAAUUCGAUACUCUUGUUUGUUUCCCAUCAAUUCCUUCAGUUCCUUGUGACAACAUGAUAGCUUUACAUGCAGAACAUGUGUAGACAGGCACUGAUGAUGGAGUGUUUGAUACUAACAAAGAGGAGGAAAUCAAAACUCUUUGGCAAGACACUCAUGAAAUGAUAUUGAAACACUUUUUUAUCUCAAGAGCCCUUUCAAUAUAAUAUGGUAGACUGUGCCUUUAUUUUCUUCUUUAAAUAAGGAUAUGUCAGAUGUACUUCUGUCUGUAUGUGCUUGUAACAGGAGGAUAUACAAGAUUUCCAUUUGAUUUCUUAAAUGUUACAAGACACACGAGUAAAUGAUUCAAGAUCAUGUCCUAUAAGUCAUGCAAACCUUUGUUACAGUUAAGCUUACACCAUUUGAGUUUUACACUUGCAUCAGUUUCAUCCUGACACUCAUUGCAUUUGAUUCAUUAAAGAUCAAUAACA